AUGAAGUAUCGUCAUGAGGAAGGCAAUCUUCUUCUUGAUGCAGCUAUAUUUCAACAAUUAGUUGGGAGCCUAAAUUACCUUACUAUUAUUUUUCCUGAUAUCUCUUUUGUAGUUCAGCAAGCUAGUCAAUUUAUGCAAGCUCCCCGUCAUAUCCAUUUGGUGGCAAUUCAUUGCAUCAUUCGUGGUUCUGAUUGGCAAGGAUGUCCUGAUACUCAUCAUUCAGUCACUAGUUGGUGCAUGUUUCUUGGACAAUCAUUGAUAUCUCAGAAUAGUAAGAAGAAAGUCCGUGUAUCAAAAUCCUCAGCAGAGGCUGAAUAUCGAUCUAUGUCUACUACUUGCAUUGAGGUUGUACUGCUUCAUGGAUUACUUGUUGAGAUUGGAUUUCCUCAAUCUAAUCCUUCUCCUCUCUAUGAUGAUAAUACAAGUGAUAUUCAGAUUGCUACUAAUCUGAUUUAUCAUAAGAGGACCAAACACAUUGAAGUAGAUUGUUAUUAUAUGCGAGAAGUUAUAGAUAAUAGAGCCAUUACUCUUUAUUGGGUUUUAGCAAGGUGUGAAUAG